AUGAAUAUAUUUGAUCAGGUUAAAAGACAAGCUGAUACUUCAAAAUGGACAUCAACAUAUGCUCCUCAUGACACUUUUUCUGAAAUUGUUUCUAACAGUUUUAAUAUUGUUAAACAAAAUUGGAGAAAUACACAUAAUUGUACAUAUGAUGAUAUCUAUACACCAUUUUUAGGAGAAUUAAGAAAAUCAAAAUCAUAUUCCUCUUUAGCUCCAGUAAAUGGAAUGAAACAUAAUUUACGAUAUACUUCACUUGAUCCCGAUAUGAGAGAUUUUCAAUCUUACAAACCUAAACAAAUGGAUUGGUUUGUUAAAAUGGAUAAAGUUAAUGGAAAAAAAUAUAAAGUCAAUAGACAUAUAUAUCCAAAACAUACUGAAGCUAGUGAUAAACUUUCUAAUCUAUUACUUCCAAUAAAGUAUAGACCAAGAUUGACAAAUGUACCAGCAGAUAAUACAAGAUUUGACAAUUUUGCUUUGUAUAUACAUGGAAGAGAAAAUGGUAUUCAAUAUUAUAAAUCAUUUUUACCUGAUAAACCAUAUUCAAUAACUGAAGAUUUACGUUAUGAAAGACUUUACUGGGCACCAUCAUUGCUUAAACGUCAACAUUUAACAUGUCGCCAUGGUCGUCAAAUUUUACUUACGGCUCAUUAA